AUGGCGGCAUGGAUACAGAGGAUAGACGAGAAGGUCGCAAGAAGCGCGGUCGGAAGACGGUUCCGCCUUGAAGGCUCGGGUCAUCCCAAGGAGCGAAAGGGCUCUCGCUUUUUCACCGAAAUCCGUGGUGGUGUAGCCGCCUUCUUCGCCAUGGCUUAUAUUAUUGCUGUCAACGCCUCGAUCGUCGCCGAUAGUGGCGGUACCUGUGUCUGCAACGGCGGCGACAGUGAUCCUUUUUGCGCCGUCAACACUGAAUACGAUCUUUGCAAAGCCGAAAUCAAGCGCGAUGCUGUUACUGCCACCGCUGCCAUAUCAGCCUUAGCAUCUUUUUGCAUGGGACUAUUCGCGAACUUGCCUGUGUCUUUGGCUCCCGGUAUGGGUCUGAAUGCUUACUUCGCAUACACUGUUGUCGGAUUCAACGGUAGCGGGACGGUACCAUACACCGUUGCCCUCACAGCUAUCUUCGUCGAAGGAUGGAUCUUCUUCGGACUCGCACUCCUCGGUAUGCGUCAGUGGCUCGCGCGUGCCAUUCCGCGAUCGAUCAAGCUCGCUACCAGUGUGGGCAUCGGCUUGUUCUUGACACUUAUUGGCUUGACUUACAGCGAAGGUCUCGGAUUGAUUGUCGGCGCUACAUCAACACCUCUGGAACUUGCUGGAUGUGAGCAAAGCUUACGGGAUGCGGAAGGCCUAUGCCCCAGCGGUGUUAAGAUGCGCAACCCAGCGAUGUGGGUUGGUAUCUUCUGUGGUGGCAUCUUUACCGUCAUCCUUAUGAUGUACCGCGUCAAGGGCGCCAUCAUUGCCGGUAUCCUUUUAGUCAGCAUCAUCUCCUGGCCACGUACUACCUCUUUGACCUACUUCCCGUACACGGAGACCGGCGACGAUGCUUUCGACUUCUUCAGGAAGGUUGUGGACUUCCACCAGAUCACCAGGACCCUCAACGUUCAGGAGUGGAACAUUGCCGGCUACGGUGGACAGUUCGGUCUUGCUUUGAUCACCUUCCUCUACGUCGAUAUUCUCGACUGCACUGGCACCUUGUACUCGAUGGCCCAGUUCGCCGAUCUCAUCGACCCUGUUACCCAGGACUUCGAGGGUUCGUCGAUCGCUUACAUGGUUGAUGCUAUCGCUAUCUCCAUCGGUUCUCUCUUGGGCACCCCGCCGGUUACUGCCUUCGUCGAAUCCGGUGCCGGUAUUUCUGAAGGAGGCAAGACUGGUCUCACCUCUAUGGUGACUGGUAUCUGCUUUUUCAUCUCCAUCUUCUUCGCGCCGAUCUUCGCUUCGAUCCCGCCGUGGGCUACUGGCUGCGUGCUGAUCUUGGUGGGUUCCAUGAUGAUGAAGGCCGUCACCGAGAUCAACUGGCGAUACAUGGGCGACGCCAUCCCGGCGUUCUUGACCAUCGCUCUCAUGCCCUUCACCUACUCGAUCGCCGACGGCUUGAUUGCCGGUGUGCUCUCAUACAUCCUGAUCAACACCCUCGUCUGGCUGAUCAAGGUUGCCUCCGGCGGCCGCAUCGUGCCCGAGUUCCAUGACGAGCGGGACCCCUGGACCUACAAGAUCCCCGGUGGCUUCUUUCCUCCCUGGGUCGUCCGCCUCUCAAAGGGCAAGAAGGACUUCUGGCGCGCAGACGAGUACCCCGUUGCCGAGUCUACUUCGCAGCGUACUAGCCAUGAGACGCCAGACAGCGCUACCAAGGACAAGUCUGAGGUGUCAGGUAUCCCCGAAAAAGGCAUUCAGGGCACGACUCUAUAA